GCGGCAUUUACAUCGUCCUCCUCACACGUCCCUCUCCACACAUGACGACCACCACCGAUGCGGCGCCACCCAGGCCGGUGUUCGGGUCGCCGACACCUACCUUCUCAUGGGGCGAAGUUGUAUGGUACAACGUCAUUAUCCUCUCCGUAUGGCACGCCAUGGCUGUGUACACGCUGUUCUUUGUCCUCCCUCAAGCGUCGUUCGUUGCAAUCCUGACGCUGUGGGUCGGCCUGUGGUUCUUCUCUGGGCUUGGCAUCACUGCCGGCGCGCAUCGUCUGUGGGCGCAUCGAUCGUACAAAGCGCGUCUUCCCCUUCAAAUAUUCCUCGCGCUCUGCAACUCAAUGGCGUUCCAAGGCAGUAUCUAUGAAUGGUCGCGCGACCACCGCGUGCACCACAAGGGCAGCGACACGACUGCGGACCCGCACAACUCUCGUCGUGGGUUCUUCUUUGCGCACAUGGGAUGGGUCAUGGUCCGCAAGCACGCUGACGUGUUCCGAGAGGGCAAGAAGAUGAACUUUGCCGACUUGGACAACGACAAGCUCGUGCAAUUCCAAAAGAAGCACUACCUCGCCAGCGUCUUGCUCAUGUGCUACGUGUUCCCGUCGAUCGUUGGGUACCUUUGUUUCGACUCGGCGUGGCAAGGUUUUUGGAUUGGCGGCGUCUAUCGCCAUGUUUGGGUACUGCACAUGACGUGGUGCGUGAACAGCGUCGCACAUUUCUUUGGGUACAAACCGUACGACCGCAACAGCCGCGCUGUCGAGAAUCUCUUCGUGUCCAUCGGCGCCAUCGGCGAAGGCUGGCAUAACUACCACCACCGGUACCCCACCGACUAUGCCACAGGCGAGAUGGGCGUGACCGGCCAGUGGAACCCGACCAAGGGCUUCAUUGACCUCAUGGCGUCAGUUGGCCUCGCGUAUGACAUGAAGCGAAGCACAACCGCCGCCGCCACCCGCGAAAAGAACCGCAUUGCCGUGGACCGCGAGAUCCUCAAGGGCGUGCUGCAGCCGCCGUCGUCGAUUGAUCAAUUCGUGAACUGGCUCUUCUUUGGCCGCACCGAAGACCAAUCAGUGUUUUAGUUGAACCAAAUCUCGCGAAGAAACCUACCACCACUACACUCCCAAUCCUAUAAACGUCCAUAAACUAUACACCC